AUGGCGAACAAUGAAACAUCCCCUGGAAACACGUCAGAUUUUGGCGACUUCGUGAAGAAUGAAGAAGAGGAACUUGAUCUCGAAGAGCUUGUUGAGCCAUGGCAUAGGUAUGAAACAAAGGAUAACGAAAACGUUUUCUAUCCCAUUUACCUUGGGGAAGUGCUCAACGAGAGGUACCUGGUUGAACACAAACUUGGCUUUGGUGGUGGCUCAACUGUCUGGAUGGCAUUUGACCUGCAGGAAAAGAGAGACGUUGCCCUUAAAGUCAUGGCCCUAGGGGAAUGGGGCGACAACGAAACUCGAAUCCAGGAUGAGAUUAUCAAAACAGUACAAGAUACCUCUCGCCUGGUGAUAUACACUGCGACUUUCUUUCUACCCCGAGACAUCACAAGCUACCAUAGGGUCUUGGUAUUCCCUAUGAAAGGGCCAUCUAUCUGCACUUUUACGCUAAAAAGGACUCCUAUUGCCUCUCGUAUGUCCGCUGCUCAACAAUUACUGGAGACUGUGGCAAGUUUACAUGAGGCUGGAUUCAUACAUCGUGAUUUAAACGCAAGGAAUUGUAUGUGGGGACUAGCUCCUAUUAAUAUUCUCAGCAGAGGCGCGAAGUAUGAUUUACUUGGUCGGCCUUUAAAGCAGACAAUACCAUUUGUUAAUCCAAGUCUCUGGAAAAGGGGUGAGCUUGUGAGCCCUGUCAAAUUCCCUGAAGACCUUCGCACAGACGAAUUCUAUCUCUGUGAUUUUGGUUUAGCGAAGAAAAUUGGCGACCUCACUACUCAACGCGGCUACCCACCUAUGCAUUAUUGCUCUCCAGAUCGACUUCAUAAGCAAGAGCCAAGUUUUGCUUGCGAUAUAUGGAGCUACAUGGUUAUUUUCUCUAUGCUCUACCUUACAUUUCCUCCAUUCCCCAUAUUCCUUGAGGGUGGGGUUGUGAGUGGUAUGGUUGAAUGCCUAGGCCCACUACCUGAGCAGUGGAAAGGCCUCUACACACACCCCGGCGGGCUUGAUUCAUGGUAUGAUCAGUCUCAGUCUCCUGAUCUAGAAAAUGACCUAGCUGCGAAAAUUGCAUAUUUUCGUCCCGAUGCUGAUCCGGUCGAGCGACAACAUGUGCAAUCUAUCAUGUCGAGAGUCUUCAUCUACCACCCAGAAAAACGGCCGACUGCAAGUGAACUUCUGCGAGACCCUUCAUUUAGGGCCAUCAUGGACCGGUACGGGUGCUAA